AGAGUCGCUUGCCAUAUUGCGGUGAUUCAGCGACUUAGCUUAGCCAAACCUUGAACGUCAUUGUUGGGUUUUUUCAUGUUUAUGCUUGAAGAAGCCAUGCUUUCUACACAAGCUUUUGGAGAUAGCGGGAAGAUGAAAGAUUACCAUUAUACUGGGCCAGUAGAGCAGCGUUUUUCGCCAUACGCUUUCAAUGGAGGGACUGUACUUGCUGUUGCCGGGGAAGACUUUGCCAUUGUUGCCUCAGACACCCGUCUUAGUGAAGGAUAUUCAAUUCACAGUCGUGACUCCCCUAAAUGCUACAAGUUGACAGAUACCACAGUCAUUGGCUGCAGUGGUUUCCAUGGUGACUGUCUGACCCUGACUAAAAUCAUUGAUGCUAGACUAAAGAUGUACAAGCAUUCUAACAACAAAACAAUGACCAGUGGAGCCAUAGCAGCCAUGCUGUCCACCAUCUUGUAUGGCAGACGGUUCUUCCCCUACUAUGUUUACAACAUCAUCGGCGGUUUGGAUGAGGAAGGCAAGGGAGCAGUGUAUAGUUUUGACCCAGUGGGCUCCUACCAGAGAGACACCUACAAAGCUGGAGGGUCAGCCAGUGCCAUGUUACAGCCACUACUAGACAACCAGAUUGGUUUUAAGAACAUGGAAGGUGUGGAGCAUGUUCCUCUUACUCGGGAAAAGGCUGUCCAGCUGGUCAAAGAUGUUUUCAUCUCGGCUGCAGAAAGAGAUGUCUACACUGGAGAUGCUCUGCGGAUCUGUGUCGUCACGAAAGAGGGGAUCAAGGAGGAAACUCUCCCACUUAGGAAGGACUAAGGGGGGGGAAAGUCCCUUAUUCUCUCCCUUCCACUUCCCCCCUUUCCCCCAUUCUCCAUUUUGAUUCUGAUUUUAAACAAAGUAUCUUAGGAGUACUAAUCUGAGAGCAGUUUUCAGUUACUAAAAGCUUCCGUCAGAGAUGUGUUUUCUAUUUUUUAUUGAUUCAUAAUAAAGAUUCUUAUUUUC